CCGUAAGGAAAGGAAAUGAAAGGGAAAUCACCCUAUUAGCUUUUUUUCUUAUAGGGUCUUGGAAAGUAGUUAUUGUUAGUAAAUGUAAAUUAUAAACAGUAAAUGUAAUUGUUUACGCUCUUCAUCCUCUCAAAACGGGAUAAAUGCCAAGGCACGGAAUUAUGGGGAAAUAACAUAAAAAGUUAUAACAAGAAGUUGCAGAAACAGGCAAAUAUUUAGCCUUCGUCUCGUCUCAGUCUCAGGUAUGCUUACGGAACUUACAACUUACGGUGGCUUACCUUACAACUUGUAACUUACAGUCUACAGUACAGACACUACAGUCUACAGUCAGUGUAAAGUACAGCUUACUGAACUGACUUUUGAACUUGGCUUCUCUACACUUGUCAUGUUCACUGACACUGGCUGACUAGUUCAGGUUACUUGUUCUAUCAGACCUAAGACUGUUUCUUAAUAAUAGUUUCUUGGAAAUAUUCCUUUCUCUUUUAUGAUACUGUCUUGAAGAUAAAUUGUACUGUAUAUAAUUGGCCAAUUUGCGCUAUCUGAUCCUACUACUUGAUUUCUGUGGAUGAGUGAACUCCAGGAUGAAAUGUCGAUGAGUGAACUCAAGGAAGAAAUGUGGAUGAGUGAACUCCAGGAUGAAAUGUCGAUGAGUGAACUCAAGGAUGAAAUUUGGAUGAGUGAACUCCAGGAUGAAAUGUGGAUGAGUGAACUCAAGGAUGAAAUGUGGAUGAGUGAACUCCCCCUUGUAAAGUCGUGUAUUUUUACUUUUUCUUUCUUUUUUUUUUUUACUUGAGUGAACUAUUUAUUGUUUUGUAAAUCUAGACAAUACACACCAUUUCACUGUGUUUUUGCACUUCUUUUUUUCCCAUGGCCAGCAUCUUUGUUGCCAAGAUGGCAGUUAUGUCACAGCAAGAAAAAAAAAGCAAAUUUAAUUACAUUUUUUUAAAGUACAAUCUACAACUCUACCUUAUCCUGAAUGCUAAGUAAAUAUCUCUAACUCAAGCAUAAAUUCCACUGUAAAUCUCCCCCCUCUCCUAAUUUGAGUAUUAACUCACUCCUAAAUUUAGUCCCCCCCCUAACGUAAGCUUUAAUCUUCAAACCUAAAAUCUAUGACCUAAUGAAUAACGCAAACCCUAAAACUAUCAUUAACUAUGUGUUCGUGUGCAACAGCUACUACACUCUGCAUUGUACUUAAAGAAUUGUGUAUUUAAAUUUAAAAAAUUGAAAUUAUUUUUAAAAUACAGUCCAACCAGCUUAUCUCGACCAUUUAAAAAUCAACAACCCUUUUAUGUUGAUGAUUUUGAAGUGUAACCACCAAGUUCUCUCUUUGUCUUAGCAUUUUCUCUUUGGUUAUGUCAAUUCUUUUAUGUCGCCGAACCCAGAUAUCUUGAGCACAAAAGGCGGCCAAAUUUACCACUUAACCUCGGUUAUCUCGAUCCUCAUGACCAAUUGUGGGCUUUUGAUGUUCGCAAGAAGAAAUAGCAAAAAACAAAUAAACAAGUUUUUCAUAAUUAAAAAUAAUUAUUUAUUUCUCAAAAUGAUGAACGUAGAAGUAAUUUAAAUAAAUAUGUUUUAUUUCAAGGUUUAAAAACCAGUUAGUGCCCAUAUUAUAAAUGAUCAUAAUUUGCAGUGUGCAAAACGUUGUCAUUGGCAGCCAUUCAUGGUCAAUGGUCACUUGCAUAAUGCCUAUGCCGUCGUGCUACGUCAGAGUUUCAUCCAUAAGAGUUUGCAGUGUGCAAAAGCUAUUAAACCAUUGGUCAGGGAAAGCUUUAAUUAAGUAGUCAAGUCCCAAAGUUGAAAGUUCAAAAUAAGUAGUCCCUAAAUAGUAUUAUAGUAAUAAGGGGAUGCAUUACAUUAUAUAAACUAUAUAGUUAUUGCGCAGGACACAAUCAGCAGAAUGAGGUCACAAAAUGUGGAGGCUUCGUCCAUAGUGGAAAAUACCAAACGAACUGGCACUUUAGAAAUUCGUUGCUCAAAAAGUACUCAAGUUAAAAAGUUGAUUCUGGUUUCAUUUUUAAAAUUUUAAAUGUGCUCUAAAUAACUGUAGUAUUUAAAAAAUUAUUAUUUUUGUAUUUUACUGAAGUACUUGCAUUUAUUAACGCACAUGUACAUAAAGAAAUUUCAAGCACAUAUUAAUAUAUUGCCGCCACAUUGGCUUUCGGUUAUGUCGACCAUCGGUUAUCUCGACACCUUUUGGCAAACUCUGAGGCCGUCGACAUAACCGAGUUCUACUGUGUUCAAAAUAAUAAAAACCCAACUUCAGGUUCCACCAAAAAUAAAAUCCAAAAGUUGCCAGAAAAAUUAAUACUUAUUCCAAAAUGCUGGCCUUAUUUUAAAUAUUAUAAUUAACCACUCUAUGAAGUAUUAAUUUAAAACAUUCCAUCCAUGAAGAUUAUUAUUAACAAAAGAAAAAUUAACUGCAGUAACAAUCCUAGACUAAACAAAAGGGAGAGAAUCCUCCACAGAAACUCAAAGUGGGGCAGAUUGUGUAAAUUGACCUUCUUUUUUUAUAUUAACGUUAUUGGAAUAUUUUUACUGAUACAUUUUUAAAUUUAUAUUUUAAAGCGAGGUCAAUUAAUACAGGUAUUUGAAAAACAAAGUUCUUCAGUAUGAUCAUUUUUUAACUUUAUGAUGGAACCUGUAAUAAAAUGUGUAAAAAGUGUAUGACAUGAGACUGUAAGAUGGGUUUUCUUAAAUAUUACAAAUAAUAAUUUUAGUCUUUUUAUUCAAUUGCACACUAUUCUCACUACAUUGUGCACUUCUAGUACAUGAAAACAUGGUUUUAGGGUUCAGAUUAGGCAUAGUUUUAAGUUUGAAUUUUUGAGGUUGAUUUUCAGGUGAGGGAGAUUUAACAUUCAGGUUAGGUAGAGUGAAACCUUUAAAUUUUAACGAUUUUUAAAAUGUUUUUGUCUUUAAAAUUUGUUUUUUUACUUUUAUUCAGUUCAUUAUUAAAUGCUCUUUUAUAUUUUAAUUAUUAUACACCACAAGAUUUUAAAAAUUGUCUUGUCAUUUAAAAAAAAAAUUAAAAAAUGACCCAUCAUUUUCCUUAUGUUCAUUUGUCCCUGUAAGUAGCUAAAAGACACUCUUUCCCUUUCCCCUCCCUAGUUUCACCACAGUGUUGUUUUUUUGUGUUUUUUUGUGGCUACUACAAAUAGCUGUGUAAAAAAAAAAAAAAAGAGCUUAUCAUCAUUUUUGUGUGUGUUUCCUUUCAGUAACAUACACUAAACAAAAUUGAUCAGUCAGGACUACUCCAACAUGACAUCACAGCUUAAUGACACUGAAAAGCUUAAACCUUGCCCUGAGGUAAAGGUAGUAAUUUUAACUUACACUACAGUAUUAUACAAUUAUGGGCCAUUUAUCCUUGGGAAUUGAUUAUAGUACUAAUAAUUUCAUAUGGUUAAUUUUGUUUAUAUCUAGAAGCUUAACUUUUACCUUUUAACUAUGAGAGCUACAAUUACUACAAUAACAGUCUCUGUGCUUCAAUAUAAAUAUUUGAUAUUCUAUUACAUCUCUAACAGUUUUUUUAAAUUUGGUUAAUCUAUAAAUUAGGGCCUAUUUAGCCUCUACUCAGUAAGAAAACCAAGAUAAAUGGCUAUGUCUAAUUUAGCACUAGUACAUUUGCCAUUAGCCUGGAAAAGAGAAGGAGAACAUUUCAUGAAUUGUACACAAGAAAUCUCAUCCUGAUGUCUGGAAUAAUUUAGUUUUUUCUCAUUGCAAAAAUGUCUACUGUAUCUUAAUCCAAAGUUAGCUUACUUGUCAAUUAUCCUUUCUUAAAUUUUGUAAAAAUAAAUUUAAUAUAUGUAUUAAAUUUUUUAAAAAUAUUUCUAGCCACAAAGCGAAUGUGAGAAAACUGCUGCACAGACAGAUCAGCAUCAAGCUGGUGUAGAUAAACCUGUGGCUAAAAAGACAAAGAACAGUAUAAAACCUUUCUGCUCUAUCUGCAUUGUGUCCCUCACUUCACAGUCACAGGCAGAAGUUCAUUUCAGUGGAGAAAAACAUAGAAGAACGUUGGCAUUGAAGACAGGUAGUUGAUAGUUUGUUGUAAUCAUCAUUUAAUAUUUAAAAACAAACUUGACUCAUGAUGAGGUAUGUUAAGCUUGAAUUAAUAGAUAGGAGAGUAAGAUUUGAACAUUUUGGCUUAGAGUUAGAGCCUUCUUCAGCAAUUAAGCAAAUAAAAGUAAGACAAUUAAAAGAUCUCAGUGUAAAAAAAAUUAGAGAUCUCCUUCAAGCUUAACAUACCUUGAUCUACUGUUUUAUUAACUAAUGAUGAUGGAUGGCCCAUAUUUCUUUAACAGUCAAAAUAAAGCAUAAGUGACAGUCAUUUGGCUGGAAUUGAACUCCAGACCACCAACUUGACUGGGUGGCCGAAUGGUUUAGUUAAACUAGCUAAGGUAAAUCCCACCAAAUGAAGUUAAAGGUAUCCAUCUACAAAGUAAUGUAUACCUCAGUGCUAUUAUCCACAUCUUUGUCUUUAUAUUUUUUUUAUACCUUUUUUUCCCCACAGCCAAUGCUGGUGUAAUAAAAGCACCUGAACAAUACUGUGGUGUUUGCCAUGUUCCCUUCAACUCACCUCUCAUUGCCCAGGCACACUACGCAGGUGCAAAACAUGAGAAAAGAGUAAAAUUGGCCCAAGUCAAUCCUUGUGGUAGGUUAUCUACAAAAAUAUGUUUGCUGGAUGAAAGUCCAAAGUGUCAAUCUGUUAAAUGAUUCUAGUUGAGGUUUCAAUAUAAUAUUGUACUUAAAUUGGAAUUGUUGCAUGUGUGAAGUCUGAUGGCCAGACAUUUUAUUGUUCAAGAUAUUGUCCUGGUUAUGUUCUUUAAGGCAUUGACUUUUUUAUUUGACAUUCAUUCAUCAUUUUUUGUUCUCAUUCACAGGUGACACCCCAAAUGUCCAGUCCCAGCUGUUUCCAUCAACACAACCACCCCCACCACCACCACCAUCAACACAACCACCCCCAGCAGCUCCUCUAAAUAUGCCCCAUUUGCUGACAUGCCCACCACCUGGACCAGCUGUGCUGAACAAUGUAAGUAGAUACAAAGUUGCAGUGCAGAUUCAACCUAAAACGCUAUCUGUGUUUUUAGGGCGCUACAGGAGAACAUUUCCCAAAAAAGCUUAUGCAAGAUUUUCCAAAGGCAUUGGAGGAGAACCAAAUGAGUUUUUCCCUUUUUUUUCUAUAAUUUAAUGGGUAUCCCAAGUAUUUUAAAUCAAAUUUGUUUUGCUCUUACAUGUAAUUCAGCUUAAACCAGAGCAACAAAGAAAUCUACCAAUUUCUAGGACAUUUUUGCACAGGCUGGUUUUAAAAUGAUUUAAGGCAUGUUAAUACAUCUCUGUAUUUUGAGGAAGAUAAAAGAAAUGUUCAAACUUUUAAUUUUAAAUUGACUGACUGGAAAGUAAUGUGAUGACAGCGUUAUGUUUUUUUCUCUCUGCACUUUUCAGGGGCAGAUUUCAGGUGUUGAAAGCCAACAAAAUGCAAACCAAUCACAGGGCAAAGUGCUGCAACCUGGUAGUCUGCUCUUUUGUAGUUUUUGUAACAUUUCUGUUAAUUCUCAAGCACAGAUGGAUGCCCACCGAAGUGGUAGGUAUUUACUCUUAUGGUUUCAGUGUGUUGGAGCAUCCUGCUGUGAUAUGUUUUGUCACAGAUAAUAAUGAUUUACAAGGGAGUUAAGUGAGGUGAGAAUUCUGACUUGUAAUUUAUAGAGUAUGGGACUUGGGAAGACGAACCAGCUUCAGAUUUCAUUUUUCUAGGCUCAUAUUUCUUUGCACUGUAUUAGUAUUAGUACUAGUUAAGCCGCUUCUAUGGUCGCUCUGGUCAAACCAUGAAGUCAUUGUAAAGGUAUGUUCCCUUGGAAAUAACCUAGAUACUCAUAGUCCAAAGGAUAAUGUCUUUAAGGUCUUCCAAUGGACUAACUCCUGUUUCAUGUGUCUAACACCAAAACAUAUGUGCUACUAAAGAGGUUACAGGAAAUAGCGUCCUGUUUUUUUCCUUUCAAGCUUUCACAUAUCUUGUUCUAUUUCUUUAUUGGACAAACCAAAAUUUAGGAUUUCUUGGGAAUAUUCAGAUGAUUUAUACAUUUUGGUCUUAUAUAAUCUAUUCAUAUAUAUCAUUAUAUGUGUAUCAUGAUGCCAUUGAAGGUUCAAAACACCAGAAUAAAGUAAAAGGAUUGUCUGUGCCACCAGCCAAAAAAUUCAAACCCAACACGCCAGCUGGAAUGACGCAGUAUAACCCUGGUUAUAACAAUUACAUUCCUGGCCUACAGAAAUCAUUUGUCUUUGGUGGAAGCACUGGAGAAAAUUAUGGCCAAACGGCAUAGUGGUAAGUAGUAUCUGUAUUAGUAUUAGCGCUCUGUUAACUAGACCACAAACGUUAGAUGUUGGUUGAAAUGAUUAUUUGCUUUUGUUGUGAUAUCUAUAAAUAAAUUCAUUUGAUUUAUAUUAGAGUAAACCCAUCCCAAACUCAAGAUACCUUUUAUCCAUGCAGAUUUUUACACCCUGUCUUCAUUUUAAAUCCAUGGGAUUAAAAGGGAAAGUUGAUUUUAGUUAUACUUAUUCAGCUGUUCACAAGUACCAGUACAGCUUUGAGUACUGGUAUUGUUUGAAAAUUAAACAUUUUAAGCCAACUCUUAUUGGGUUCCUGUCAUAGCCAUGAUUUUACUUUGACGUUAAGUUCUGUGGAUGUGGGGAGCCAUUUCAUAUGGUGGCUUUGUCCAUUUACUGGCACUUUCCUACAAUAUCUUUUUUUACUAUUUCAUUCACAUAGCUUGACGGCAGCCCUUCAUUUAUUAUCUACAGCACCGGUACUGUGAAAAAUGUCUUUCUAAAAAGCAUGACAAGUGCUGAUUACUUUUUGUACAACCCAACAGUCCAUUAAAAUUUAAAAUAUAAUCUAUAAAAAAAAGUUUACAGUGACAGGGGUGGCACAAAACCUUUAUUGACAGGUCAUUAGCUUCUUAAGUCAUUAAGAUUUAUAGUACCGGUAUAUAAUGGCUGAUUUUGACACUAGAGAAAUACUAUAGAUGUUUUGUGUUUAAAUUGUUCUAGUUGUAAAAUGUUGUCUUUGUUGGAAUAUUUAUUUCUAUUUUGUGCUGAAUUUGAAUAUGGACAAUGUAAUUUAAAAAAACAAACAUUUCCAUUUAGUUGGAUGAAUAAAAGAAUCUUUUCUUCUGGUGUGAGAGAGUCAAGUAGCUGACACCUCUGUUUUCUCACAGGCUCUUUUAUCUUUUAUGUACUUGGGAUCAAUGAAAUGCUUAUGCAGCUUUUGUAACAUCAUGCAAACACAAUGAGGUGUACUCAACAGCAUAUUUAAAAUGUUUCAUUCUUUUCAAACAACACAUGCAAUAUUGAUGAACAAAUAACAAGACAUAAUAUACAUUUUUUUAAUGAAAUCUAUUUACAGUGAAUGAACAUGAAAGUGAAGUGUCUCUUGGCCUAGUCCAGCUCACCUAGAUAGAUCUUCUUGUCACUUGAGCAGGAGGAAACUAAAAAAGAGAAAAAAUGAAAUUAAUUUAACCAUUGUUUUAUUUUAUUUGGUUGGUCAUAUUGUUAACUAUUUCUACAACACGAAGAUGUUAUCAAACUUUAAGGUUUGAAUAAUAAAAAGUAAAUUAUUAUUUUGGCAAUGGAAAUAUUACUUCACAAAAUUAUUUGACUGACUGGCCAAUUUUUUGUUCUGUGAAUGAAAGUUAUGUUAAGGAUUCUGGUGAUAAAUUACUAUACGAGUGUAUAUUACUAUCAAUUGUAUGCUGAUUUAGUUUGAUGACACAGUUGGGUUAGAGGCUAUAAACCAGGAGCCAUUGGGUGCUUUCUACUGUUUUGUACUCACUGACAGGUUCAUUGGGGUGGAAGUCAACUUCAUUAACAGAGCCAGCAUGGCCUGGCAGCUUGUAUACCACUCUACGGGAUGUGGUGUCCCAAACGUACACAAAUCUGUCACCCGACCCAGCAGCAACACGGCUGCCAUCCGGUGACCAAGCACACCUCAGCAGAUUCUGGAAUAAUUUAAUGGCUUGAUUUAUGUACAUUUAAUCUUAAAAUUGGUUGUUACAUUUGUUACCUGAUGAUAGAGAAAAGAAAAUGUCUCAAGUUAACCCAACGUCACUGUGUACCAGCUUUAGACUUAUUUUUUCAUCUGCUUCUAAUAUUUACCAUAUUAGUGUUUGUUGAGUACAUACCUUUGAAAUAAUUUUUUUUUCAAUUUUAAAUGUCAAUAUUAUAUUUAUUAAUACAAUAUGAAAUGAAAAUACAUUACGUUCUUGUAAUUAUUUAUUGUUGAUACUUUUAAAAAAAUAGGAUCUUAUAUCAAAGAUAUUUCUUUUUUAUAAGGGGCCAACCAUAUAUUAAAAACACUGCUGUACACAAACAAAAUUAAUUCAUUUAUAAACCAUUAAUCACAUACCGGACAAUUAUAUGCAGACAAGUCACUGUAAACCAGUGUUUCCUAACUUGUGGCGUACGACCCGACCCAUUUGACUAACAUACGACCCAUUUGACUAACAUACGGGUAAUGAUGAAUGCAUAAUUUUUAAAGCUUAACUCCCAACUUUUGCAGUAGAAAAUAUUUUUUUUUAUUUCAAUUUGCUACACAAUUUAUGUUCUAUUACUAUUAGCAAUACCCUGUGGUAAUAAGAAUUCCUGGUUCGAUGUACAGAAUUGUGUUUGCUCUGCUAAGCAUAGGUUACUUGUUUUUAUAACAGUCAAAAUAAAACACAAGUGAAAAGGCAACUAUUCUUUUUCCAAAAUCAACCACUCUCUCUCCCCCAUCAGUGCAUACAUAAUAUAUGGUGGUCCAUAAAUGUCCAGAUGAUUCAUGUGAACAAAAAAUAGUAAAAUAUAAAAUAAAUCCAAUGCUUUACCUUUUCAAAAGUGUGCUGAUGGCCUGACAUGAUUUUAACACAUCUUUCUUGGGGAGCGUACGGCCGCACAUCCCAGAUGCGCACUAUUAAAUAAAAAAGACAGAAUAGUUCAUUUGGAUCAAAAGUCACCAUAUCUAACUUAUCUUUUACUGGGUAAUAUAAGAUGAUUAAAAUGUUAUAAGAUGUUACAGCACAGGUUAGACGAAGGUGUUAACUUUUACAUAUAUAAUGAUGACAUCAUUAAAAAAAUAUCAUUUGUUCUUAAAGUCUGUUUCAGAGUAGGAAAACUUCUCUGGUUCUAAAUUGAUGAAAGCAUUUUUAAAACAAAUAUGAGCUUGAUGCCAUUCUCCAUCAGGGUUCAGAUGAUUCAAAUCAACUCAAAUAAGUCACUAAUUUCAAUCACAAUUUAAAAUGGACGGUUAUGGACCAAUAAAAGUCACAAUAUAAAUGAUAAAAAAUUGAUUUUAAUUAAUUUUACUUAUAUUUAUUUAUCUAACCUAUUUAUAUUUAAAGAUACUUGCUAGAAAGAACUUAUGUUGGUUUUAUGUAUUAUAAGUCACACAAUAUUUAAUUUCUUAAUAUGAUUGCACAAUUUUAUAAUCAUAAAUUUCAUUUUUAUUCAAAUCAAAUUAAAAUUUUCAGUCUUUAGAAAUUAACUUGGGGUUGAGAAAGCUUGACAACUAGCUUUUCCAUUCGUACAUUUAAUCUGAUGGCUUUUGUGGAAUCAAAUGACAUUGAUAAGGAUAAUUUGAAAGUCUGAAAUUUGUAUUCAAAUAGAUUUGAUAUAUAUUUUUAUUGUAAUGUUAACAAAUAAGUUUUAAACUUUUUUAAUUAAUCAUUUGGUAUGUUAUAAUAAUUUUAUUAGAAUAUAAAGAGAAAUGUCAGAUUUCGGAAAAAGUAUGAAAAACCUUUCAUAUAG